CGAGUUUCACUGCCAGAAAAUCGAGACCCAUCUGUCCAAACGACCAAAUCUUAGAACCUGCCCCUAUUCGGCGUUUUGCUCAUAACUUACUUUCUGGAAAGCAGCCGCCGACAGCAAUCCGUUGCCGUCCAGUGCCUGCCUUUGCGACAGCUCCUUUCAUGUCUCUCGUUUAGUCUCCGGUUCUUUCACUCAAUCAAUCGCCACUGGGCGGUUACCUAUGUCUGACGUUUCCUGAUCACCGCCUUGAAUCUUAACGUUUCGACCCCUCUGCGACUUGGGACUCGUCCCUAUGCGGCGCACGUCGGUUUCGCUGCCGACCAAGCACAUCGCGCACGAUCCGCACGAAAAACCCGAUCGCUACGGUAAAAACAACCGAGACGAGAGCCUGAUCAUGAAAAUGCAGUCGGCCUGGAUGUCGCAAUCACAGCGGGCCCGCUACAUCAAGACGGGUGCCAUCGUUUUUGCCGUGUUUCUGCUGUUCUACUUCUUCUCACCGGCAGGGGUUGAUCUCUACCAAGGAGAUGCCCUCGCGAAUCAAGGCCAAAAACCGUCCGAUUCGUCAUACGGCACCGACAAAUGCGCGAGGUCAUUUUCCAAGGACAAGCCCAUCGUGCAGUACGUCUCGAUGAUUGACGCCGGCAGCACCGGCUCGCGCAUCCAUGUCUACAAGUUCAACAACUGCGGGCCCGCUCCCGAGCUCGAAGGCGAGGUCUUGUUCAAGCAGACCGAGGUGAGAGAGGGCGGCAGCGGGCUGAGCGCGUACAAGGACGACCCGGAGGCGGCCGCCAAGAGCUUGGACCCGCUUCUUGAUGCUGCCCUCAACGUCAUCCCCGACAAGCUCAAGGCUUGCAGCCCCAUCGCUGUGAAGGCGACGGCCGGAUUGCGCUUAAUCGGUCCUGAGAGGAGCGAGAAGAUCCUGAAAGCCGUCCGACACCACCUCGAGCACGAUUACCCCCUUCCCGUCGUCUCCGAGGCCGAGAACGGCGUCUCGAUGAUGGACGGCGCCGACGAGGGCGUCUACGCCUGGGUCACGGUCAACUACCUCCUCGGUAAAAUCGGCGGGCCCGACCGGAGCGAGACGGCCGCCGUGUUCGACCUCGGCGGGGGCUCCACCCAGAUUGUCUUCCAGCCGACAUUCACGGGUCUCACCUCGGGCGGCAUGCCUCAAAAGCUCGCUGAGGGUGACCACAAGUACGAGCUCGACUUUGGCGGCCGCAAGUUCAGCCUCUACCAGCACUCCCACCUCGGCUACGGCCUCAUGUCAGCGCGCGAAGCCAUUCACGCCACACUUGUCAAUGACCUUUACGAGGACAACAAGGCCGACCAAGCCGACCCCGCCUGGACCCAUUCCCCGGUCGUCAACCCGUGCUUCUCAGCGGGCAUGACCAAGACGGUCAAAGUCAAGCUGCCGGAAUCCCACCCGCUUGGCGCAACCCUCGAACUCAACAUGACAGGCCCGGCCACCGCCGCCCCGGCGCAGUGCCGCAAUCUGGCGGAGCGCAUCCUCAAGAAGCAAGCCGAGUGCAAGCUCUCGCCCUGCUCCUUCAACGGCGUGCACCAGCCGUCCAUCGCCAAGACGUUCGCCCGCGAGGAUAUCUACUUGCUCUCCUACUUCGCCGACCGCACCCAGCCGCUCGGCAUGCCCGAGUCGUUCACGCUGCGCGAACUCUCCGACUUGGCCCGCCGCGUGUGCGGCGGCGAGCAGGCGUGGGACGUCUUUAAGAGCGUGCCCGGCGCGCUGGCCGAACUGAGGGACCGCCCGGAGCACUGCAUGGAUCUGAACUUUAUGCUGGCGCUGACCCAUACGGGCUAUGAGAUGCCGCUGGAUCGGGAGGUGAGGAUCGCCAAGAAGAUCAAGGAUAAGGAGUUGGGGUGGUGCUUGGGAGCGAGCUUGCCGUUGCUAUCUAAGGGAUCGGGUUGGCAAUGCAAGGUUACCGAGGUGCAUUAAAGGAGGGCAUGAGUUGGUUUGAAUGAGCAAAACAUGUUUGACUGUUCGCAUAAGAUAUAUCCAGGCCGGCCGGGUUGGCUCUGAGCGUGAUCGGCGUUAUGAGGUUGGAGGGUUUGAUUCCGGGACUAUCGAGGACCGCCUGCACGAGAACAGGCUACGGGGGAAAAGCACGUAACUCAUAAUUCAGAGGAUUGGGAUUGAUUGACGGUUUGGUUGGAGACUCUAAUGGCUUGUGAUCGACUAGAAGUAUCAUUAACUGAUCUACGGUCCCUGUCCAAAGCCAAAAACACUCUAACCUAUUCCCAAAACUUCUGCUCCAGAUUCUAGAUUCCCUCUAAUCACGCUUUCAUCCGUGAUACAAUCCAACUUUCUCUGCCAUGCUU